AUGUCUUCUCCUCCCCAGCUGACACUCUGCAGGCUGCGGACUCACCAGUGGUGCUUCAUUCUCUUUAAUGUCUUGCUUUUCCACGUGCUGCUUUUUGGAGCAGAUUUACUGGAGGAAUACUUCCUGCGGUCAUUGCCUCUUUCUUACACCGAUGCAAAGACUCUUAAAAUCAGGGAGCGGGCCAGGCAGCUCAAUACAGAUCCUCUGAAGGCCAAUCUCUCUUACACUGUCAGCAGUGCAGCGACAUGCUCCAAUCAAGAGAUCUUUCUGCUCAUUCUUAUCUCCAGCAGCCCAGAAAACAGGACGAGACGCAACGUGAUCAGACAGACAUGGGGCAACAUGACAGACACCAGAGGUUACGCUGUCCUUACUCUGUUUGCUUUAGGAAAGCCAGCUUCAGUAACCACCCAGCUGGAGAUCAAUGAGGAGUCUCAAGAGCACAGAGACAUUAUUGAAGGCAGUUUCAUUGAUUCUCCCGAGAUGCAGACACAGAAGAUAUUGAUGAGUGUGGAGUGGACAGUGAUUUUCUGCCCCCAUGCACGGUAUAUUCUUAAAACAGAUGAAGACAUGUUCGUCAGUAUUCCCAGUCUGGCUGAAUACUUGCUUAGCUUAACACAGCUAGAGGACAUCUACAUUGGGAGGGUCAUUCAUCAAGGAGUGCCUGACAGAGACCCCAAGAGCCCCAGCUUUGUUCCCAUCCAUCAAUACCCAGAGGAGUUUUACCCAGAUUACUGUGAUGGGAGCGCCUUCAUCAUGUCACAGGAUGUCGCUCGCAAGGUGUUUGUGGCCUCCAAGGGGGUGCCAGGGUCAGUGCCCCCUGAUGUCUUUAUUGGGAUCUGUGCUAAAAAAGCUGGCAUCACUCCCAUUCACAGCUCCCGGUUUUCUGGGGAAAAGCACAUCAGCUACAAUCGAUGCUGCUAUAAAUUCAUUUUCACCUCUUCCAACAUGAAAGAGGAUGAGUUAUUUAAAGACUGGAAGGAAACAAGUGAUGGGAAAGAUUGCUCUUUACUGGAAACUUACUACAGUCUGGUGUCCUGCAAGGUUUUGACCUAUAUUGGUAAGUUCAAACAGUUUAACUUGGAUGGAAUAAAAAAUGAGGUGCUUCAUUUUGUCAAUUAAGAUUUAAUGUUUGUGAAGAAAGUCUAUUUCCUUUCACCAGCUGUUUUGUCCUUUAACAUCAGUAAUAACAAUGCCCUCUCAAGGUUAGGUUUCUUCCC